GUGGAGAUGUUUGAGACCUCGCACACCCCGUAGAAAGCAGCUCUACGGGUGCGCGCGCAGGGCUGACCGCGUCCCCGAGCUGACGCUAUUAACAACAAGCGGAGGUUCCGUGCUUAUAUCGGCUAUUGGAUAAAUAACACGCUGAAAGGAAAAUUUAAAACGCACAAAAACCACGUCGUCAGCAGGGUUAAGGAAUGGAGUUCCCUGUAGAUGUGUUGGUGUCUGGGAGACAUGAGGACUUGGAAAGUUCAGCGCAGAGCUACAUGAACAAACUGCUUUACAGCAACCCAGAUAACACACAAUACCUUACCCUGCCCAGCACCAGGAAGAUCCGGAUCAGUCCUGCCAAUGUCGGGUUUGUUCCUCUUUAUGGAACCAACCUCAAACACAAAAUCCUGGCUCUGUUUGCUCCUGAGGACCAGUUCACAGCUGUGGCAUUGUUCUUGGCUGAUCAGUGGUACACAGUUGAAGAUAUUCUCAGAACAUCAAAUCCUGCAAGAGAAGGCCUUGUGAAGGUAAGGUCUGUGGGCGAGAGGAUAGUCUUAUAUGUGCUGAACCGCAUCAUUUACCGGACGGUGGAAAUGGGUUCUAACGAGGUGCCGUUCCUGUGCCAUGAAGAAGACGUCUUUGCCAAAAUCCUCUGGAAGAAUGGAGAGGCGGUGGGCUUCUACUCGGUCAAAUCUAAAGGUAGAUUGUGUAAUAGCUUUGUGAGCCAGUGCUACCUACUUCCUGUCAUGGACUCUAUAUUUGUGCGGAAGAAUCACCGUGGUAACGGUCAUGGCUUGCAGAUGUUGGAGGACUUUGUGGACUCUUUUAAAGAUGAUGAACUAGGCUUGAAAUACCCUUUAACAUUGGCAAUGCAAAAGGUAUGCAGUCAGUACCUGAGAACGUACCCAGCCGAUGUGGACCUGCUGUGGGAGGUGGAAGGAGUUGGAGGUCCCUACCAGAAAGUGAAAGUGGCAAGCAAACUUGGCUCCACGACACUACAAUGUAACAAUAGCUCAUGGGCAGCAGAAGAAGGCAAAAAUGGAGAUGUUGCAGUUAAUGAGGUGGAGAUGACCGAGGAGAGCUGCCUGGACAUCACAGAAGAUGUGUUGGUUGUCAACAAACAUCUUAAAGUAACAGAAGAAAUAAAUGACUUGCCCAUUUCCACACGUACACGGAGCAGCGAACGCAGACAAAAGAAAAGGCAGAGGGAAGAACCAGAAGAGAGUGCUGUGGAAAACCAACCUGAAAAAAUUAACAGAUUGGCCGAACCAGAAGCAGAGACAGAACCUGAUGUAUCUGAGACUAAAAAACACAGGGAUGGGGAAAAUGGAGGAGAACAAGAAGAAGAAACCUCGGUCCAGGUGGAGGAGGCUGUGACCACAGAGGUCCCUGCAACAGACACAGAAAUUUUGGUGGCUGAAGUCAAUGGAGAAAUGAGUGACAGUCAGGAAGAGGAGAACGAGAGGUCGGCAGACACAUCAGAGGAUGCACAGGCCGAACAAGAGCGCCCACUAGAGGCAGAAGCUGUCAUCCAAAAUGGCACUGCUGAGGAGAUGGAGGUAGAGAGAGAAGCACAGGAUGACAUCAUCGUCACCCCUGAGGAGUCUGAGGAACCAUCUGAAGUGGUGGAGCAGAUCGGCCAAGAACUUAUUACUGAGGAGAAAAAGGAAGCAGAGGCAGAAGUUGCUCCUCCUGUUGAGGAGGAAGGGGAAGUUGAGAAGAAACAGGAUGAAGAAGUAGCUCCUGCAGUUGAAGAGGAAGCAGCUUCUGCAGUUGAGGAAAUUGAGGACACUCAUCCAUCAGCUGUUCCUGAGGCUCCAGUCCCUCCGACUGACCUGAUUGAGUGCGUUUCCUCUGUGCAGGACAGCGAGGCUUCAGAGGAACCAGCCGUUCCUGAGCAAGAAGCUCCAGAGGAGGAGAUGGCCACUUCUCCUAGUGCUACAGGUGACGAAGAAGUAAUUAUAGAGACCGAGGGGCCAACUAUGAACCAGGAAGAUGAGACGGCCUCCGAUGAGCCACUUGAGACAGAGGAAAGCCAACCCACCACGGAGGACUCUGAAAAAGCGGAGCCAGAGGAAGAAAAACUGCCUGAGACUGAUGAAAAAGAUGAACAGAAAGAAGAGGAGGACACCGUCACCACUGAAGAUGAUAAUGAGGGGAAAAGCUCAGAUGACGAAACCCACGAUUCCCCUCCUGGGGUUCGAGUUCUUAGAGGAGGCAGGAGCAAACCCGUCCCACCAACACCCAAGCGCACAUCCAGUAGACUGAGCAAAGCUGUGGUCGUACAGGAGCUCAGUGAGGAGUUUGAUGAAGAACAAGAAGAAGAGGAGGAGGAGGAGGAGGAGGAAAAGCUCACAAGCACUGAAGAGGAGAAGGGGAGCACAGAGGAAGAUGAAGCUGACGAGCACAAUUCUGAGGAAGAGGAGGAGCCUCCGGUGAUUGACAGGAGAGUGUUAAGGAGGAAAACCAGAGUGAUACAGUCCACACCCACAAAAACAAAAAGACGCAGUAAAAACUGAGUUCAUUCAUUCUUCAUACACUCCACUUCACUACAUUAAAAAAAACACAGUAUGUAAGUUAGUAGCAGUACUGUACUAGAGUGCAUUGAUCGUCUUUUAUACUUGGGUUAGGGUUUGUAACAAGUGGUGUUUAUAACAUCUAGGUUUUGGUUUAGGUUUUGUUUUCAUACUAAAAGACAGAAAAUUAAAACAAAAAACGGGCAGUAGUUUAUAUUAGUAUGUUGUAAUCACAGCCCUUAAUUUACAGUGCUGACUACUAACAAAUAUAACUGAUUUUAAUUACUCUUCUUUUGGUUUACCUUUAUAAUUUACUUAUUGAUGGAUUCACGGCUUAAACUGUUUAAAAAAAGCAGCUAAGCUUACGAAUUACCCAUAAUUUCCCAGUUACAAUGUGAAGAUAUCAGAUGUGCAGUGAAUUGUUUCAUUAAUAUUUUUUUUCUGAUUUUGUGACAUUUCAAGUUCUCACCAGUGUUAAACAUUAAAACCCAUUUCAAUUUUAAGUGUCACCUCAAACAUUAAAGGGUUAGUUCACCCAAAAAUGAAAAUUCUGUCAUUAAUUACUCACCCCCAUGUCAUUCUACACCC